CUCUAGCCAGCACUGUGUGACCAGCGGGCCAUAGGUGCCAACGAGGCAAUAGGGAGUGGGUCUUCAGCACAGAUGCUGUCCAUCUGCCUGGCUUCCGGAAGGAAUGUGGCCGCAGACUGAGGCUCCCAUUACAUGCACAAAAAAGUUACUGGCCCUCAGAUCUCCCACCGCCCAGGUGGUCCGCUGCGCCUUUAAAUCCGGAGAGCAUCCGAGGAUCCCGCCCCUGAGGCAGUGCGUCGGCGGGAGGGGGCGUGGCCGCCCCGUGGUUGGCUGAGCCGUGAAGUAUUAUGGAACGUGUGCGCAGCCGGCGGGCGCUCGGAUUGGAGCUCGGGCCUGUUUGUCUGCGGUGUCUCUGGGGUCACCCGCCAGCCCUUGGGCCUCGGCGUUCGUUCCCGGGCCUUUCACGUUCCAUCCCCAAGCCGGUUCGGGCUCUGAGGCCCGGCAGAUCCACCGCGUCCUCCAGUCGGUGCGCCGACACCGGGGCGCAGGCAGACAUGGCAGAGUUCUCUCAGAAGCGGGACAAGCAGCAUGGCAGCGAGGGCCUGGGCAGCGCGAUGGACUUCCUCCUGGCCAAUGCCCGUCUGGUGCUGGGUGUGGGCGGAGCUGCUGUGCUAGGCAUUGCCACCCUGGCUGUGAAACGGCUCAUUGACAGGGCCACCAGCCCUCGGGAUGAGGAUGACACCAAGGGGGAUGGUUGGAAGGAACUGAGUCUGCUGAAGGCCACACCACACCAACAGCCCCGGCCUCCACCUAUCACCCUCAGCCAGCCCAGAUCAUCCCUAAUCCCCUCAUCCUCUGCCCCGGUGAGGUCCACAGAUACCAGUCCUCAGUCGCCUGCUGGACUCAGCUCCCAAGCACCGCUGUGCCUGACUUUACAGGAGAAACUUCUAGCAUUCGAGCAUGACCACGUGGCUAUCCCAGCAGCCCAAGUGGCUUUGGCCAAACAGCUGGCUGGCGACAUCGCCCUGGAGCUUCAGGCCUACCUAAGGAACAAGUUCCCAGAGCUGCCCUUUGGGGCACUUGUGCCUGGAGGGCCACUCUAUGAUGGGCUGCAGGCAGGGGCUGCUGAGCAUGUGCGCCUCCUGGUACCCGUGGUGCUGGAGCCUGGCCUGUGGAGCCUGGUGCCUGGUGUGGACACUGUGGCCAGGGACCCUCGCUGCUGGGCUGUUCGGAGGACUCAGCUUGAGUUCUGCCCCCGGGGAAGCAGUCCUUGGGACCGUUUCCUAGUGGGGGGCUACUUCUCUUCCAGAGUUCUGCUAGAGCUGCUCCGUAAGGCCCUGGCUGCCUCGGUCAACUGGCCCGCCAUCGGCGGCCUGCUUGGGUGCCUGAUCCGGCCCAGUGUGGCUUCAGAGGAGCUGCUGCUGGAGGUGCAGCACGAGCGUCUGGAACUCACUGUGGCUGUGCUGGUGGCAGUCCCUGGGGCCAGUGCGAAUGACCACCUUCUGCUCGCCUGGCCCCUCGAGGGGCUGGCGGGGAACCUCUGGCUUCAGGACUUGUAUCCAGUGGAGGCCGCCCGGCUGAGGGCCCUGGAUGACCAGGAUGCUGGCACCCGCCGUAGGUUGCUGCUGCUUCUGUGUGCUGUCUGCCACCGCCACCCAGCCCUGGGGCAGUUGGGGCGGAGCCCCCUGACGCAGGUGGUUCUGCGCCUGGGGGAGGAGGAAGCUGACUGGGCUGAGGAGGUCCUGGGGGAGCGCUUUCUGCAGGCCCUGGAGUUGCUUGUGGGCAGCUUGGAGCAGUCCAGCCUUCCCUGCCACUUCAACCCCAGUGUGAACCUCUUGGGCAGCUUUCGGGAGGAGGAGAUCGAUGCCAUUGGCUAUGUGCUCUACAGUGGUCUACAGGCACCUGAAGGGCUCCUCUAGAGCAGCAGGGCCCAGGUGCCCCUGCAUGUUUGUCUCCAGUGAGCUGCAGCUGCUCCUCUCCCAGGGAUCUGCUGAGUGGUGUUUUGCUUGCUUUUAACCAGAACAAAGGAGGGAGGACAUGAUACUGGUUUAUGUUUGGGAUUCCAGAGUGUAGGGAGUUUGGGUUGCUGUCACCUAAGUGUGGUUGGGUGGCUGUGGGCAGCUUGCAGUGCCACCACUCAGAUGCCACCUUACACCUCUGGGCCCAGCCCAGGAUUUGGCCUAGUACAUCAUACCAGCAAUGAAACCACAAAGAACAUGGUUUCUGCCAUCCUAGGCCAGGUGAAGGCCAACUACAUCUUGCCAAGAGAAAUGAAUGACACUUUCCUGGGCACCAGCUCCAAGCCCCCUGGAGGCAUGUGGAGCUUGGCUGCUGAGUAUUGUCCCCCCUGGGGCUGGAAUCAGCUGGCACCCUGGACAGCUCUUUAAGCUGAUGCAUGGUGGGUGUUGUUUUCCAGUAUCUCCUGUGUAUUUGUUUUUCUUGUAAUAACUCAGGGAAGGCCCUUUCCCUCCUGCUGGGCAAGUGUGCAGGGUGGCUGAAGCUGAGCCUGGCUCUUGCUGGGGGAGCCCGAGCUGUGUGCUGCCCAGGGCGGUCCCAUGGUAGCUGCUUCUGGGCACCCCUGGAAAGCAGAGGACAUGCCCUUCCCCGAGGAGGCCUGUGUGCAGACCUGGCCUCCCCAGCUUGCCAAAACAGACACUGACAGCAGAUGUCUGUGUCCUGACCUUGGAGCCUGGCGGAGGCAGCUGGGCUGACUGAGGAAGAAUGCCCCCCCUCGCAGGGGCUCCUCUAGGUUUAGCUCCUUCCUGCUGAAACAAAGCUAUGCCUUCAAGAAUGUGAACAAGAGAAUAAAAGAAAAUUUGUAUGUGUGUGUGACUUGCUGGGGAAGGAGG